AUGAAGUUCAACGUCGCGAAUCCUGCGACAGGUUGCCAGAAGCAGUUUGAAAUAGACGACGAGAGUCGGUUGCGAGCCAUCUAUGAUAAGCGCAUCGCUCAAGAAGUGGAUGGCGAAGCGUUACUCGGAGAGGAGUUCCGCGGCACGAUCCUGCGCAUAAUGGGUGCGCAGGACAAGGAAGGGUUUCCCGCGCGUCUCGGUGUCCUCACACCGAACCGCGUACGGCUUCUGAUGCACAAGGGAGACGUCGGUUGUCGGGGUUAUGGUAUGCGUGAUGGCGAGCGAAAGCGACGAAGCGUGCGUGGUUGCAUCAUCAGCAGCGAGAUGAGCGUAGUGAACCUGGCCAUUGUGCGUCAAGGCGAGCAAGAGAUACCCGGCUUAACGGAUCGAAUAAUCCCGCGUCGUCUGGGUCCGAAACGAGCUUCUAAAAUCCGCAAGUUGUUUAACUUGAGCAAGGACGACGACGUGCGCAAAUAUGUCAUUCGGCGCAAAGUGACGACUGCCUCGGGGAAGACCUACGAGAAAGCUCCCAAAAUCCAGCGUCUAGUGACCGCGCAGUCAUUACAGCGUAAGCGUCGACGGCGAGCCGUACAGCGCACAAGGGCCUUGAAGGCGAAAGCGGAGGCCGCAGAGUACGAAAAGCUCCUCGCUCAGCGACAAGCCGAGGCCCGCCAGUCACGAAAGGAAAGUCGUAGUCGACGGUCUGCACUACACAAAUCACGGCUGUCAGCUGCAGUGUGA